AUGUUCAGCCCUCAACGAUUGAGUCGUCCUCUGUCUGCUUUCGAUCACGCCGCGCGUCGCUGGACAGCCUUGCCUCUUCGCCCGCUUGCCCCAUUACAUAAUCUCGGCGAGCGGCUCUCUCUUAUAUCCUGGAACAUCCAGGCCUCAAGUUGGGUCAAGCGCGUCGAGCGCUCCCAGCUCAUCCUCGACCGUAUCCUCAAAGGACCCAAGUCCCCCGACAUUAUCUUUCUGCAAGAAGUCGCGUCGGAAGUUCGGCGGUCUCUGCUCGACGACCCCAGAGUACGCUCGAGCUUCCUCGCGUCCGACGCGGAAGACGACAAGGAUUUCAAGGGCGUACCGUUCGCGACGAUGACGUUGCUCUCCAACGAGCGUUUCGUCUCUCCGUCGAACGUGCUCGCCGAGAAGGACGGGAGUGAGGGCAAGGGAGAGGGAAGGGGAGGUUCCAAGAUGGUGCUCGACAGCGUCUUUCGCAUGACGCUGCCUAGCAGGUACCAGAGGGAUGCGCUCUGCGUCAACGUCCGCGACCCAGCCACGCCCGGCAACGUCUUGCGCCUCCUCAACGUCCAUCUUGACUCCCUCGACUCGCACUUCAGGCGUGCGUACGAGAUAUUCCUGCUAGAUCGUCUCCUGCGUGAGGGCGGGUGCAGUGGCGGCGUCAUCGCAGGGGACUUCAACGCCGUCGAACCUAACGAUCUUACGCUCGUCGAGAAAUUUGGGCUGGUCGACGCCUGGGUCAAGCUGCAUGGGCGGACGACGGGCCGUGAUGAAGGGGCUACGUGGGGUGUUGGCGUCGAACUCGAGGACGGACUCGAGCCAGGCAGGUUGGACAAGGUCGUCAUGUUGGGUCUGGAGCCUGCCGACAUCGAAAUCCUCCAACCCGGUCUUGUCGGCCCGAGUACGCCCUGGAGCGACCACUGCGGGCUGCGCUGCACCUUCACGGUCUGA